CUGGCUGGCGCGGGGCCGCGCGGCGCCGCUGGCUUCGUUCCCUCCCUUCCCCCGCCCGCCGCCCUCGCUGUCCCCCGGGCGGCCGGAGACGGCGGCGGCGUCUGCGGGAAGCCGUGUCUCCGCAGUGACGUGGGCGGGCCGAGGGCCGGGUGACGUCAGAGGCUGUGUGUAGCGAUGUGUGUGGGGUUCGGAGCGGCGCCGGCACAGCGAAGGCACAGCGAAGGCACAGCGAAGGCGGCGGGCGAGCGGCGGCGACGGCGACGGCGGACACAGGUCAAUUGAAAGAAGAAUGAACUGUAAUCCUUGAAGAUAACUGGGCAGUUGUUUUAGUGUAUAUAUAUUUUUAACUAUAGAAGUUCAGGUGGAGUCAGGCUCUUACUGGUGUGGAGUUGGAAGUUUAGGCAAGUCUUCAGUGUGCGGACACACAGCAGCAGACCACCAUUUUCAGUGAAGAGACUCCCCCCCUUGGUUUCCUUGGCAAAAAUUAAAUCCAUUGCAUCAUUGUAACUCAUGUUUGGGUGUGGUUUUAGGAUACAGUAAUGGCAUACACUUUCCAGUGCUUUGCUUAAAAGACAAAACCACCAAACUCAACCAUUACAGCAAACCUUGUGCAUCUUGAAUUGAGAAAUUAGCCUUUUUUAAAAAAAAGAAUACAAUCCGAAGAACUCAAGAAAACAAGAUUUUCCUCAGAAGUCUGCUUAUGAUUAUAUUCUUUAUUAUCGGAAGGAAAAUGAGAAGUUUUGUAGUAUUUUCGGUUACAUCCUAAGAUAUAACUAAAAAAAGUUGCACAAAUCUAUUAAGAAAUUUCAUCUUUGCAAACUAAGAAUUUUCUAAGGGAGUUCUAAGUAUUUGUAUAUAUUACCCAUUUCUCUUCAAGUUAGCAACUGGGUACAACAUGCCAAUUGCAGACUUAAUUAUUUAAAGCACCAGUGUAGCCAUGGAAAACCUGCAGUCUAAUUUUUCCUUAGUUCAGGGUUCAAAUAAAAAACUGAACGGAAUGGAGGAUGAUGGCAGCCCUCCCGUGAAGAAAAUGAUGACAGACGUGCAUGCCAAUGGAAAAGCGUUGACCAAGGUGAAGAAGGAACACUUGGAUGACUAUGGAGAAGCAUCAGUGGAGACAGAUGGGGAACAUGCUAAGCGAAACUGUACUUCCAUCCCCGAAACUUUAAACCUAAACCCCAGCCUGAAACACACACUGGCACAAUUCCAUUUAAGUAGUCAGAGCUCUUUGGGUGGGCCAGCAGCGUUUUCCGCCCGAUACUCCCAAGAAAGCAUGUCGCCGACUGUAUUCCUGCCUCUUCCCUCUCCUCAGGUUCUUCCUGGCCCUCUUCUCAUUCCUUCUGAUAGCUCCACAGAGCUCACGCAGACUGUUCUGGAAGGGGAGUCUAUUUCUUGUUUUCAAGUUGGAGGAGAAAAGAGACUCUGUUUGCCCCAAGUCUUAAAUUCUGUUCUCCGAGAAUUUUCACUCCAGCAAAUAAACACAGUGUGUGAUGAGCUAUACAUAUAUUGUUCAAGGUGUACUUCAGACCAGCUUCAUAUCUUAAAGGUCCUAGGAAUACUUCCGUUCAAUGCCCCAUCCUGUGGGCUGAUCACUUUGACUGACGCGCAAAGACUCUGUAAUGCUCUGCUGCGCCCGCGGACUUUUCCUCAAAAUGGUAGCAUACUUCCUGCUAAGAACUCUUUGGCCCAGUUAAAGGAAACUGGCAGUGCCUUUGAAGUAGAACAUGAGUGCUUGGGCAAAUGUCAGGGUCUCUUUGCACCUCAGUUUUAUGUCCAGCCUGAUGCUCCCUGUAUCCAGUGUCUGGAGUGCUGUGGAAUGUUUGCACCCCAGACAUUUGUCAUGCAUUCUCACCGAUCACCUGACAAGAGAACUUGCCACUGGGGCUUUGAAUCAGCCAAGUGGCACUGUUAUCUUCAUGUGAACCAAAAAUACCUAGGGACACCUGAAGAAAAGAAACUGAAGAUAAUUUUGGAAGAAAUGAAAGAGAAAUUUAGCACAAGAAAUGGAAAGAGAACCCAGUCAAAGACAGAUGCAUCGUCGGGAAUGGAAUUGCCAUCCUGGUACCCUGUUAUAAAACAGGAAGGGGAAACUGUUUCUCAGCCACAUUCAUUUUUACACCCCAGCUACUAUUUAUACAUGUGUGAUAAAGUGGUUGCACCGAAUGUGUCACUCACAUCUGCUGUAUCUCAGUCUAAAGAGGUCACCAAGACAGAGACAAGUAAGUUCAUCUCCAAACAGUCAGAAAAGCCUCAUGGUAGUAGUAAACAUCAAAAAACAGUGUCUUACCCAGACGUCUCACUUGAGGAACAGGAGAAAAUGGAUUUAAAAACAAGUAGAGAAUUAUACAGUCGUUUAGAUGCAUUGAUCCCAAAUAAUUCUGUGAGUAAACAGAAAUCUGAGUCUACUGUUUGCAACUUGGUGAGAGACAGAAGCAAGCAUGGUGCUGAAGCCUCCUCCCCAUCUCUGGUCAGAGACGUUACAUGUGAGGAUGACAAGGGAGAGAUUAUGGAAGAAGUGAUGAGAACCUAUGUAAAACAGCAGGAGAAGCUGAAUUCAAUUCUGCAGAAGAAGCAACAGCUGCAGAUGGAAGUGGAGAUGCUGAGCAGCUCUAAGGCAAUGAAGGAGCUCACUGAAGAGCAGCAGAAUCUGCAGAAGGAACUCGAGUCUCUGCAGAGCGAGCAUGCUCAGAGGAUGGAGGAGUUCUAUGUGGAGCAGAGAGACUUAGAGAAGAAGCUGGAGCAGGUGAUGAAGCAGAAGUGUACCUGUGACUCGAGUUUAGAGAAGGACAAAGAGGCUGAGUACGCGGCACAGUUGGCAGAACUGAGGCAAAGACUAGACCACGCUGAGGCGGACAGGCAAGAACUCCAGGAUGAACUCAGACAGGAGCGGGAGGCAAGACAGAAGUUAGAGAUGAUGAUCAAAGAGCUGAAGUUGCAGAUUGUGAAAUCAUCGAAGACCACCAAGGAAUAGGAGCUGAAGAAGAAAUGGAUCUGAAUGUGGUCGACAGGGGUUUAUGUUUGUCACUUACUUUGGAAAUUGAAUUCUGUCAUCUUAUAUGUGCACAAAGAUAACUAGACAUUCUGUUCAUUUGUAGGACAGCAAAGUAAAGAGAUUAUAUAUUAGUACAUAAAAUUUUCCACUUCCAAAUGAAAAAUGUAUGCUUCUUUGAACCUUUUCCAGUCAGCUUGGUAAUGGUAACCCAUGUAAUUUCAACCUGUAGACAUCUAUGUGUAUUUCUAAGGCAAGCCUAACAGUUACAUACUUUUCAAAGCUGAAGUAUGUGGUGGAAAACAGCUGUGUCAAUUUUGUUAUGCUUAUUUCAGGCUCGAUUUUAGAUGUAGUGCUGACGUUUAUGAUCAGAGCGCCUCAACCCUGUAUCGUUCUUCUCAUUACAGAAUAUGUUAUUACAGAAUCUCCUUUUUCUUUCUUUUUUUUUUGUUUUUAGUUUUUUGAGACAGGUUUUCUCUGUGUAACAGUCCUGAAACUUACUCUGUAGACCAAGCUGGCCUCUGCCUCCCAAGUGCUGAGAUUAAAGGUGUACACCACCACCACCUGGCUGAAUCUCCUCAUUUUUAUAUACCUAUCUGUUUUUAUUUUGUUCAGGUUGUGGAGUGAGGUUCCUCCUAAGAGCAGUUUUGCUGAUGGAAUGGUGGGACCACCACCCCAACAUGCCGUGGUGGGGAGCACUCUUUGCUGUGCCUGGAUGCUGCACAUAAGAAGCGGCUGGGAUUUGUCUUUCAGUUUAAGAGUGGCUGUAUCUAGAUAUGUGUGUGUGACUUCAGAAAAUGAAAAUGGUUUCUGAACUUUUAGUAAUGGUGUGAAAGUACUCAUCUGCAUGAGGAAAAUGGACUCCACUGAUGUAUGUACAUUGGUUCCUAUGUAAUUCAUAACCGUCCUGUACAGUUUUUGUAUGUAGUCUUAUAAAGGUCUUACUGAAAUUUAUAUAAUGGAUUUUUUUCUUUUAAAUUAUAGAAUAUUAAAUAUUUUAGAUUAUUUUGGACUUUUGUAUGUUUAAAUGUUAUCUUAAAACUUGCACGAAUGGACCAUUAUGACUCUUUAAUCUUAAAAUCAGGAAUUUACAGUCAGCUAAUAAUAUCUGAUAGGUUAACCCACAAUUAAAGUAUCUGCUAUUAGCAGGAAUUUAGGUAAUUUUUAGAUGACAAAUGAAUUCCAUGAUUUGGGGAAGGGCAGCCUCUGCACUUUUGUUUUUAUUUUUUUGCACAUUAAAGUCUGACAUUUUUACCAGUGAAUUUUAUCUUAGUUGAUGCUCAGCUUGAAAUUUAAAAUUUUCAGUGACCUUUGUAUUUUUCUUUUUGUUUACCCUUCAAAUUGCAGGGUUCUUCCUGCCUCUGCUUCUCAAGUAUUGGAUUUACAGGUGUGGUCCCAUCACACCUGGCUGUGUGUGUUUUUAUUUUUUUAGGGAGAUUUCCUGAAAGUGGCAUUAGCAUCAUCGCCAUGUUUUAUGUUUCCCAAGCUGUCUUAUGUCACUACGUGAAGUGACUUCAUAGCUCUGCUUAGGAAUAAUGUAGCGUUAUGGCUGUCAUUGCCCCAGGGGUAUUAUCACAUACCUGCUUAUGGUCAUAUUUUGUUUAUGAUACAUCUAAAGGCAACUUUUUUGUUUUCUAAAUAUAUUGUGACCUAAAAGUGGAUUUACUAUGCUAGCUUUAUAAUUUAAUGUGUUGACUUUUGUAACCUCUUUGAGGAGAAACAUGUUAAAUUGCACAGGGACCAUAUAUGUCAUCUUAUUUAGAUUUGGAGAAAGAAAACCACAGGCAUUUAUAAAGUAGCUUUAGCUUAGUUGUCAGUUAUAGCACAGCUUGGCUAUGUGGGAGGCAAACUUAACAUCAUUUAUUUUUCUGACUUCCUCAAAACUUGUGCUACUGUAGCAAAUGUAAUUUUUCUAGUCUUUCAGUGAAACUUGCCUCAUUACAUAGUAGUUUAGCAUAUAGUCUUACUUUACAGAAGAUGAAAGGAUGUGCCAUAGUUUUCUGUCUGAACUUCUUAAAAUAAAUUUUAAUCAGCUGUAAAUAUUAUACUUACUACUAUUGAGAGUAACUUUAAGUUACAUUGCACCGUGUAGCUUGAAAGCAGUUGGAAUUCUGUAAAACUCCCAAAGUGACUUCUGUUUAUUUUCCAUAUGAAACUUAAUUUAUGCAUGCUCUUUUGUGUGCUGGUUACUAUCUUAAAGUUUGUCUUGGUGUAGGUCUUGUGUUGUGCUAAGUUCACUAGGCAAGCCGAUAGUUCCUUAGACUUCAUAUCCUGUUUAGGGAAAAAUGAGGCCAUUUGCACUGAAAAGCUGUAUUUAGGAGUGGACUGUAGAAUUUGCAAGUGGGGGAAAGACGGUGUUAGCUUUUAUACUGAAUGAUGCUUGCUCUGGUGGUGACAGUCUCUCUGUGGUCCAAGUGUGGGAGCUCCUGCUGCUGUCAAGGAGACUCUUAAACCACCUGCCAGUCACAACCAAGACUUUGAACACCAAAAGAUUUGACCGACAACUUAGGUUUGUCUUGGGCUUUAAUAUUUUUGAAAUAUAUUCUUUGGCUUGAAUUUCUUGUGUUUUUGAGGAUAAGGAUGUUUUAUGCUUCUUGAGCUAAUUUUAUAACAUUUAAUAUAUAAACUGUUUAUAUGUAAAAUCUUUUGUACAGGGGUGGGGUGGGAAGGAGUAAUGAAAAACUCAUUUGUACAUAGUGAAUUAUAAAGCAGACUGAAGUAGGUGAAACAGUGAGUACCACUUUGUCCGCAGGCUCCUGUAGCCUUUGAAAGUUACACCAGAACAACCAGUUUCUUUGUGUGUCUGUGGCUUGUUUGCAGAAAAGCAAAAUGAAAAGGAAACACAAGCAGUAAGAAAUGUGUGGAGGUUUUUCCCUUGCAACUGCUGCAAAGCUGUUCCUGAAGGGUUUUGAUUUGCUUCUGGAAGGUGUGCUCAGUAUGUUAUGCUCUGAGUGGGUAGGGAAGAAUGUCUUUAUUUGUCCAUUGUGCAUUUAAUCCUUAGGGCAAGGCAUUACAACUGAUGACAUUGUGUUCACACUGUACAUCUGCUCUCGCUCUUGGAUGUACUUGCUACUGGUUCCAUGGAAGCAAUCAGCAAUACGUGAUAUGAACUGCUGCAUUAUAUAUUAUCCUUGUGUAACUGAGAUAUUUAAACGGAACUUAAUUUUUUCUUUUUCUAGUGUAAGAUACUUAAGCAUUUCCACUAUUGGAAGAAAAACAUAUAUGGGUAUUUUGUAUUGUAUCUUGUUUAAAAGGACAGUCUUUUUUAAUCUUCCCACUUAGAUGGCUUUUAAAAAUACGUAAUACAAUUUGAAGCUUGUUUAGAAAUAGAAUUAAAUGUCAUAUAUAUAGCGUUACUGUUUUGGAAUUAGGAAGUGAUCAAAUAUAAGACAUUUUAAAAUUAAGCCCAGAAAACAAAAUAGUGUUUAAAGUUAGUUUAGUAUAAAAAAUUUAUUAAGAUUUUUUCUUCAAUAUAGAUACCUCACUUGAAAAUAAAGCACAGCACACGUAAUUCUCAUGAAAACACCCUCCUAAAAUAAUUGUUAAACCUAGAACAUUGUUUGAGUUAUUAGAGUUUGUGAUAAAUAUAGUUGCCGUUAGCUUUUCUGCUGGAAGUACUUAUAUUGGCAGUUUUAAGACAGUGUAAUAGUCUUCAAUUACUCCUCAGUUUCUAACCUGUGAAAGCAGUAAGUGAAUGGUCCCUUCUGCAACUACUGAAGCAAAUUGACUAUAUUGAACAUAAUUCAACUGGUAAUUUUGCCAAUGUGUAUAGUUUUAUGAUUAAAAUUGCUGGGGUUGGUUGCAUUACAUGACACACAAAACUGUCCUCUACCUCACGUGAAAUAAAUAUUUUAUAUGGUUUUACUAAAAAAAAAGAUUCAUCUAUCUGGUUGCUUAGUUUACAAAUUUUGGAUUAUAUUUAUUGAAACAUGACAUACUGUGCUCUUAGCUUAUACCUCAAUUGUAUUUUGUGCUGUUUUCCAUUUUCAUGCCUUGUACAUAACUUGUAUAGAUUGUGGAUGAUAUUCCCAAUAAAAGCUUUUAAUGCCAAUGA